UAAAAUCCAAGUUAAAUCCAAUACCUAUCAAUGUUCUCUCCAAUCUAAGGGAGAGUCUCAGUUUGGCUGCUUGGCCUUGCUGCCUGCCAUUAUGGGGCUUCAUGGCACCUGCUGAUCAGGGCAUUUAAUUGCCCAGUUGAAAUGCCUACUUCACAGGGCAGUAUCUUGGGGGCACGUGUGAAUCCCAUUGCUUGAAGGGAUUAUAAGAAUACCACCUAUUUAGGGCCCUGCAGAGCAUUUACUUCUUUCAGUUAACAAGACAAUUGCAGCAGAAGGAUAGCUGUUAGGUGCAUUUAUACCCUGGCUCUAGUUUUACUGCAGCUUUGAGCCAUUGAUGGGUGCUGGAAGUGGGAACAACUUGUGGUGGGGGAAAUGAAGGAGAAGCUUAGUGGGGUCACUGUACAUGGAUCCAAGUGAAGAUUUGUCAAGGAAGGUGCAAACAAAAAUUGAGUGAGUUCUUGAAAUCAAAAGACAUUAGGUGAUUUUAUUGGAGAGAUUUAUGCUAUAAGGUAAAGGAACAUUAAAGUCACUGAAUUCUGAAAAGGGAAGGCCCCCCCUUUUAGAAAAAAGGAUCAGCACACCAGAGAUUGUGAUACAUUUGGGGUUUAUAUUCUUUCUUCCUUCUGAGAUAAGUGGGGGAAGCAACAUUGGACAGACUGGCACAAUGACUCAUUUGCAGGCAGGUCUGUCCCCAGAGACCCUGGAGAAAGCCCGGCUGGAACUAAAUGAGAACCCGGACACUCUGCAUCAGGACAUCCAGGAGGUACGGGACAUGGUGAUUACCCGGCCAGACAUUGGUUUCCUCCGCACAGAUGAUGCCUUCAUUCUUCGCUUCCUUCGAGCCAGAAAGUUCCAGCAUUUUGAAGCAUUUCGUUUGCUGGCCCAGUAUUUUGAGUAUCGGCAGCAAAACCUGGAUAUGUUCAAGAGCUUCAAAGCCACUGACCCAGGCAUCAAGCAGGCACUGAAGGAUGGAUUUCCAGGAGGACUGGCCAACCUUGACCAUUAUGGCAGGAAGAUCCUGGUCCUCUUUGCUGCCAACUGGGACCAAAGCAGAUAUACAUUGGUGGAUAUAUUACGUGCCAUACUUCUUUCAUUAGAAGCCAUGAUCGAGGAUCCAGAGCUUCAAGUGAAUGGAUUUGUUUUAAUUAUUGACUGGAGCAAUUUCACUUUCAAGCAGGCUUCUAAACUGACACCAAGUAUGCUUCGAUUAGCCAUAGAAGGCCUUCAGGACAGUUUUCCAGCUCGCUUUGGAGGAAUUCAUUUUGUUAAUCAGCCGUGGUACAUCCAUGCCCUCUACACAGUUAUACGACCUUUUCUAAAGGAAAAGACAAGGAAAAGGAUAUUUCUCCACGGGAAUAAUCUAAACAGCCUACACCAGCUGAUCCAUCCUGAGAUUCUGCCUUCUGAAUUUGGCGGGAUGCUGCCCCCCUAUGACAUGGGAACAUGGGCAAGAACGCUACUAGAUCAUGAAUAUGAUGACGACAGUGAAUACAGUGUGGAUUCCUACAAUACUUCAGCAAAAGAAGUAGAAAAGGAUCUGUCUCCCAAAUCCAUGAAGAGGUCUCAGUCAGUUGUGGAUCCUGGAGUGUUAAAGCGCAUGGAUAAAAAUGAGGAAGAAAACAUGCAGCCUUUGCUUUCACUUGACUAACAAUGUCUGAGCAUGGAACAUGAAUUGGGGUGGAAGGUAUUGCCUUUCAGCAACAAGCGAACCAUUGGGAGAGAAUGUACCAGCUGGAAUCCUAUUUUUCAUGUUAAUGUAGCAUAAUGUAAUGAGGCAGCAGGUUUUGCCAGUCAGCCUGGAACAUGGGUGCCCUCGGCUGGAAAACAGGGUGGAAAAAAUGAAAAAAAGAAAAUAUCAAUAAUAUAUUCUGUAAGUGCCAACCUGUGUGUAAAUAGUCUCCUCCUCCUUUCUGCAUUUGUAAUUAAUGAUAGGGAUAUAGUACAAGAAAACAGAGAUAGUGGCUACUAAAAUAUGCCAGUUGAAUGCACUGUAAAAGGACAAAAACACUCAGACAAAAAAAAAAUCAAACCUAAGUAAAUUGCAUUCUUUUUAUACAAAGCCAUAUUAUAGCUUUCAUAUGGACUAUGUUGUUUUCUUUCUACAGUUCUCAUUUAAGAAGGGAAUAUAGGAUCCUGUAGACCUCAUUGUAAGUGGUGUGUUAUUUCCUGUCUAUAAGAUUGUAUUUGACAGAUAAUGCUGUGGUUUAUUGCUGAUAUUAGGAUAUGAUUUGAAUUUUAAGGGCAGAAAGAGGAAUCUUAGAAAAAGAGCUAUGCUCCAUUUUUUUGUUAUUGGGGUUUACAAGGCAUCUGAUUUUUUUUUAAUAUUUUCACACGAAAUCUGGGUUUUAAGAACCAUUUGUGUCCUGAACAUAAUAUGGACCUCAGAAGAUCAUCCUUUAUUUGGGUCCACUUGUAAGAAUGCUUUAGAACUUGCCUCCUCAAGAGGAGGGUACAUGGUAUUGCUUAGCUUUUGGGAUCCUAGCAACAGGUUGAAAUUCAACUCCUAAACUUUACAAAACUGAAGCCUGAAUACAUAUCUAUAUAUUUUUACCAGUCUCUACAUAUAAAGUGUCAUUGGUAGAUAAGUAUAUUUAAUCAAGGAUUUAU